AUGUCUUUAGACAAUUAUACAAAACUCGAGAAGAUCGGAGAAGGUACAUACGGUGUAGUAUACAAAGCUCGAGAUCUAUCUAGUGGUAAUCUAGUCGCAUUGAAGAAAAUCAGAUUAGAAGCUGAAGAUGAAGGGGUACCAUCCACGUCGAUUAGGGAAAUUAGCUUGCUGAAAGAAUUAAGUAAAGAUGACAAUAUUGUGAAACUCUUAGAUAUUGUGCAUUCAGAUGCCAAGUUAUAUCUGGUAUUUGAAUUCCUCGAUAUGGAUUUAAAGAAGUAUAUGGAUACCAUAGGUGAUAAAGAUGGACUGGGGCCCACUAUGGUCAAAAAAUUCACCUACCAACUCGUCAAAGGUCUUUAUUACUGCCACGCCCAUCGAAUUCUUCAUCGAGAUUUAAAACCUCAAAAUUUAUUGAUCAACAAAGAAGGUAAUCUUAAGAUCGCCGAUUUCGGUUUAGCUAGAGCUUUUGGCAUCCCUCUAAGAACUUAUACCCACGAGGUAGUCACACUUUGGUACAGAGCACCAGAGGUAUUACUUGGUUCAAGACAUUAUUCAACUGCGAUUGAUAUGUGGUCCGUUGGAUGUAUCUUCGCUGAGAUGGCAAUGAGACAACCCCUCUUCCCUGGAGAUUCGGAAAUUGAUGAGAUCUUCAGAAUCUUCCGAGUGCUUGGAACACCCGACGAAGACGUAUGGCCAGGUGUAAGAGCUUUACCAGAUUACAAGCCCACUUUCCCACAAUGGAAUGCCGUCGAUCUGAAAUCUGCCGUUAAAGGGUUGGACGAUAAUGGAUUGGAUCUUUUGGCUCAGUCUUUGAUCUACGAUCCCGCUCAUAGAAUUUCAGCUAAACGGGCAUUACAACAUCCUUAUUUCACUUCUACCUAUCCCGCUUAA